AGUAUAUAAGGCAUGUUUGCCUGGCGCCGCUGAGUCACGUGACGGUACAACAUCAAAUCACAAGAGGGGGAGGAGGAGCAAAGUGGGCCUGCUCCACGCUGUGACAGGACCUGGACAGGACUUGACCAGCGGCACUUACACAGACAGCCAGGUCUCCUUUUUGAUGAAACCGCAGCGGUGCAUACUGGAGAGAAACUGAAACUAAAGUAUCGAUCUUAUUACACUGGUAUUGAUCAAUAUCAAUUCAAACGUUGGUAUCGAUAUUAUCGAUAUUCGGAUAGAUCCGCCCACCACUACAGGCGCCGCGUCCCUGGACCGUCAGGAUACAUUGGAGAAAUAGGACCGACCCAGUCUGGUCUGGGUGGAGAUUGUAACUGCAUCUGCUGCAACCCUGUCGGUUCAACUCUUUACUUCUGUGAGACGGUCCGUCUGUCAGUCUGCUAGAUUGAGAUCGCGCAUAUAAGCAGACAUCAUGGAGGAUGACAUGAUGUUCAGCAUGGAGGAGGAGGGCAGCGCCAAGAGACCCACUGUUCAACGAAGUGCCCCCAACCAGCUGGCCUCCUCCCUUAGUGACGCCAACGCCAGUGAUGACGAUGAUGACGACCACUUCAUCUGCCCCAUCCUGGACGACUCCGCCAAAGAAAUCUGUCACUACCUGAAGAAUUGUGUUUACAACCGGCAGCUGUCAAAUUCUCUUCCAAAGAGCAACUUCAUGUUCAGGAAUGAAACAGAAACGAUGGCAGAACCUCGGUCAUACAAGGUUUUGUCUCAGAGUGCACGGGAACAUUGGAAACAUGCGAUCGAAAAGGCCAAAGCCAUGCCAGACCCCUGGGCAGAGUUUCAUCUGGAGGACAUCGAGACUGAACCUUGCAUUCGUUACAGGUACAAUGCCAUCACAGAAGAGUGGGUUAAAGACCAGAUCCAUAUCAAGAUUGCUGCCCAGCCGUUUGGGAAAGGAGCCAUGAGGGAGUGCUUCAGAACGAAGAAGUUGUCGAAUUUCUCACACUGCAGCAACUGGAAGUCAGCAUCUAAUUAUGUGACCAAGCGUUACAUGGAGACGGUGGACAGAAAUGUUUACUUUGAGGACGUCAAGCUGCAAAUGGAGGCCAAACUCUGGGGAGAGGAGUACAACCGCCACCGACCUCCCAAACAGGUGGACAUCAUGCAGAUGUGUGUGAUAGAGAUGAUGGACAGACCAGGUAAACCUCUCUUCCACCUGGAACAUUACAUCGAGGGCAAGUACAUCAAAUACAACUCCAACUCUGGCUUUGUGAGGGACGACAACAUCCGACUCACUCCACAGGCCUUCAGUCACUUUACUUUUGAGCGAUCGGGCCACCAGCUGAUCGUGGUGGACAUCCAAGGAGUCGGAGAUCUCUACACUGACCCUCAGAUCCACACAGAAAGGGGGACUGACUUCGGAGAUGGAAAUCUAGGUGUGCGAGGCAUGGCUCUGUUCUUCCACUCCCACCUGUGUAACAAGAUCUGCAAGAGUAUGGGCCUGACACCUUUUGACCUUUCCCCUGCAGAGAAGUCUCAGCUGGACUGCACCGACAAACUGCUUAAGUCAGCCAAGACGGUGCUAAGGGGCUGCGAGGAGCACUGCGGUUCUCCUCGUGUCCGUACCAUGUCAGGAAGCCGGGCACCUCUGCUGUUAUCCCGCAUGUCUGAGACGUCUUCUGCAGACGAGAGCAUGAGCGACGUGGACUCAGUCCCUUGCUCCCCUCUCAUAUUCCCCUGCUCCCCGAAUGCUGCACAUGGAUCUAUGGGAAAGUCCCCUAUUGGUUUUUCUUUUACUGGAAUGUAUGAACAUGAAAGAAUCAAUAACAACAACAACACAGUUGAACACAAGGAAUCUGAUAGCAGCGGGGACAGUGGCUACCCCAGCGAGAUGAGGAGUGAUGGGGAUCCAAAUGACCACGUAGACGGGGCCCGUCAUCGCAUCCAGAGACAUUAUUCUGAGUCGGAUGAGGACAGUGUCAGACGGAGGAAGAUGGUAGCUCCUCCAAGAGUCUCUGCAAACCUAAAUUCAUACAAUGCUGACAAUGAAUGGCUGACGGAGGAGAAGUGGAGCUUCUACCAUUCGUCUCGCUCUCACGUCCAUCGGCCCUCCUGUGUGGCCACUGAGGUGGAGCGACUCAACGGUCUGCUGCAGAAGAAGAUCGGCCAGUCGAUCCUUGGAAAGGUCCACCUUGCGAUGGUGCGGUACCAUGAAGCGGGUCGCUUCUGUGAGAAGGACGAGCAAUGGGAUCAGGACUCGGCCAUGAUGCACCUGGAGAGAGCUGCGCUGUGUGGAGAGCUGGAGGCCAUUGUAGCCUUGGGACAGUGCUGUCUGCAGCUGCCUCAUCACAUACUUUCAGACAUGGAGUUGGAGGAUAAUGCAGGAAACAAGAUGAAAGGUUUUAAGUAUCUGCUGCAGGCUGCUGAGGCUGGUGACAGAUCUUCUAUGAUCAUAGUGGCCAGAGCCUUUGAUACUGGGUUCAAUCUGUCCGCUGACAGAAAGCAGGACUGGAAGGAAGCGAUUCACUGGUAUGACAGUGUGUUGACCAUGUCAGACUAUGACGAGGGGGGAGAGUUUGAUGGGACGCAGGAUGAGCCCCGCUACCUGCUGCUGGCCAGACUGGCGGAGAUGUACCAAGUGGGAGGCUACAACCUCAGCGCAGACCCACAGAGAGCAGGUGAUCUGUUUACAGAAGCAGCAGAAGCGGCCACGGAGGCCAUGAAAGGUCGAUUGGCUAACCAGUACUACAUGAAAGCUGAGGAAGCCUGGGCACUAAUGGAGGAGUGAUACUGUACACACAUUUUUAUUACAAAAAGGCCACAGUUCAUUUUUACAUAUUUAGGAUACAACCUGAAUGGCUACAGUUUACAUAUUUUUAUUACAAAAUGUUUUUUUGUGUGUGUGUGUGUGUGUGUGUGCGUGCGUGCGUGCGUGCGUGCGUGCGUGCGUGCGUGUGCGUGCAUGUGUGUUCAGCCUUCUAGGAUCAGACUUAGAUCCUUAAAUAAUAUAUUAAAAAAGUUUCUGUUCUUCUUUUCCUGCUUGUGAGUCAUCCUGGCUGUUCAUUAAUUUCCUGUCUUUGAUUACCUUUUGACUAAGUGAAUGUGGUUGUAUGAAAGAAUGUCUGUCUGAAGGAUCAAAACAAAGAAAAUGGUUUACUUACAUUGCCCCCAAACGUUAUGUUGAAAGAAUGCAUGUGAAAAAAAUAUAUGGAGUAUAAAACUGUUAAAUAAAGUUUGCUUUUUAUUGGUAA